AUGCCACACAAAUUUUCAGGCCGCGAACCAAAUUUGGACGAAUCCGAAGUUGCCCAACUGAUUCGCCAGUCGCUAGAAGCAGAUCAGUCACGGUUCGUCACUGCUGGUCCAAACGAAGGUGAUGAGAGUCAACCGGAGGAAAAUGAAUCCGUUUCGGCUAGAAGUAUGGACGAAGCGGAAAUUCGAUCGAGGAUAGCAGCUUUGGAGUUGGAAUUGGAAAUGUCACAGAAGAAAGCCGAUCAGAUGCACGAUGUACUUGACAGCACCAAAUCUCAUUACGAUCAAUUGGAGAAGAAGUACGAUCAAGCCAAUCAGCUCCUACGAAACUAUCAAGAAAGGGAAAAAGAGUUGCUCUCGCGUGAAGAGAAUCAUGUGGAGCAAUUGAGAGAUAAGGACGCCCACUACACACAUCUGGUCACUCAACUCAAGGAACGCAUCGAUGAGCUCGAGGCAAAGCUAGAGGAGAUGGACCAACGGCGACAAUCCAUCACUAAUAAUGAGCUGUCAGAACUGAAGGAGAAGCUGAAGGACAAGUUGGAAAAACGCGAUGAAGGUUUGGCGUACAAACCUGGUGGUGAAUUACCGCACGAGGAUAAAGCGGUAAUGGCAAAUCUGGACGAUGUCAAGGAAACCAUGAAACCCACUACCAUCAAUAAUAACAACAUUCCUUGCCGCAAAGAUGCCGAAGUAUCAACGUGGGACGACGACAAGUAUUCCUCAUCGUGUGGGAGCCCGAUUCCGCGAAUAUCCGAACCAGCCAGUCCUGCUCUUCCCCAUCGAUUCGUUCAUCGACGGCUACUGUUCCCACUGAAGAAGAAAUACGUGACCAAUGAAAACGAGUUCUGGCGUGCCUCAUGUGAACAAAUCCAAGGGCUGCAAGUGCUUCACUGGACCGUUGACGAUGUGUGCCAGUUGCUGGUAUCUAUGGGUCUCGAUAAAUAUGUUCCAGAAUUCACGAUCAAUAAGGUCACUGGAGCGAAAUUCUUGGAAUUGGAUGGCACCAAACUGAAGACCAUGGGAAUCCAGAAUCACUCGGAUCGUUCAUUGAUCAAGAAGAAGGUGAAGAUGAUCAAGAAUCGGAUAGAACGCGAGCGAAAGUUAUUGGAGAAAGAGAGCCGAUCGCGAGUAAUUGCCCAAGGAAUGCAGAUGCAAAUUCAAAUGUAA